AGACGGGGAGCUUGGAGGGAGGGAUCCGAGGCAGAGGUCCACAUGGGCACAGUGCAGGCAGAGCAGGGCCCAGGAGUCUGAGAAACAGAUGUGCCCGAGGCCCACCUGCCGUGCUAGGUUUGGGUCCUCUGUCUUGUCCUCAUUGUCCUCGCCCGCCUCCUGCCUGAACUUCUGGGAGCCCGCGAGGGAGCGGCCAAGGCUGAGGGUCUCUGAGCGGCUCCAGGAUGCGGGCUCCGGGUGCGGGCUCCGUCUCCGUGGCCUCGCUGGUGCUGCUAUGGCUGCUGGGGCUGCCGUGGACGUGGAGCGCAGCGGCGGCCCUCGGCGUGUACGUUGGCGGCGGCGGCUGGCGUUUCCUGCGCAUUGUCUGCAAGACCGCGCGGCGGGACCUCUUCGGCCUCUCCGUGCUGAUCCGCGUGCGCCUGGAACUGCGGCGGCACCAGCGUGCCUGCCACACCAUCCCGCGGAUCUUCCAGGUGGUGGCACGGCGGCAGCCCGAGCGCCUGGCCCUGGUGGAUGCGGCCAGUGGGGCGAGCUGGACCUUCGCGCAGCUGGACGCCUACUCCAACGCCGUGGCCAACCUCUUCCGCCAGCUGGGCUUUGUGCCGGGUGACGUGGUGGCCAUCUUCCUGGAGGGCAGGCCUGAGUUUGUGGGGCUGUGGCUGGGCCUGGCCAAGGCGGGCGUGGAGGCCGCGCUGCUCAACGUUAACCUGCGGCGCGAGCCCCUGGCCUUCUGCCUGGGCGCCUCGGGUGCCAAGGCCCUGGUCUUCGGAGGGGAGCUGACGGCGGCGGUGGCCGAGGUCAGUGGACAGCUGGGGAAGAGCCUGCUCAAGUUCUGCUCUGGAGACUUGGGGCCUGAGGGUGUCUUGCCAGACACCCAGCUCCUGGACCCGCUGCUGAAGGAGGCCUCCACAGCCCCUCUGGCACAGCCCCCCUGCAAGGGCAUGGACGACCGACUCUUCUACAUCUACACGUCAGGGACCACGGGGCUGCCCAAGGCCGCCAUCGUCGUGCACAGCAGGUUCUACCGCAUGGCGGCAUUCAGCCAUCACGCCUACAGCAUGCGGCCGGCGGACGUGCUCUACGACUGCCUGCCGCUUUACCACUCGGCAGGCAACAUCGUCGGUGUGGGCCAGUGCCUCAUCUAUGGGCUCACCGUCGUCCUCCGCAAGAAGUUCUCGGCCAGCCGCUUCUGGGACGACUGCGUCCAGCACAACUGCACGGUGGUGCAGUACAUCGGGGAGAUCUGCCGCUACCUGCUGAGGCAGCCGGUGCGCGAGGCGGAGGGGCGGCACCGUGUGCGCCUGGCCGUGGGCAACGGGCUGCGGCCGGCCAUCUGGGAGGAGUUCGCGGAGCGCUUCGGCGUGCGCCACAUCGGCGAGUUCUACGGCGCCACUGAGUGCAACUGCAGCAUCGCCAACGUGGACGGGAAGGUCGGCUCCUGUGGCUUCAACAGCCGCAUCCUGCCCCAUGUGUACCCCAUCCGGCUGGUGAAGGUCAAUGAGGACACCAUGGAACUCCUGCGGGAUGCCCAGGGCCUCUGCAUUCCGUGUCAGGCCGGGGAGCCCGGCCUCCUUGUGGGCCAGAUCAACCAGCAGGACCCACUGCGUCGAUUCGAUGGCUACAUCAGCGAGAGCGCCACCAGCAAGAAGAUCGCCCACAGCGUCUUCCAAAAGGGCGACAGCGCCUACCUCUCAGGUGACGUGUUGGUGAUGGAUGAGCUGGGCUACAUGUACUUCCGGGACCGCAGUGGGGACACCUUCCGCUGGCGUGGGGAGAACGUCUCCACCACCGAGGUGGAGGGUGUGCUGAGCCGCCUGCUGGGCCAAACAGAUGUGGCUGUGUAUGGGGUGGCCGUUCCAGGAGUAGAGGGCAGAGCAGGCAUGGCAGCCAUUGCGGACCCCCACGGUCAGCUGAGCCCCGAUGCACUGUACCAGGAGCUACAGAAGGUGCUGGCGCCCUACGCCCGGCCCAUCUUCCUCCGCCUCCUGCCCCAAGUGGACACCACGGGCACCUUCAAGAUCCAGAAGACGAGGCUGCAGCACGAGGGCUUCGACCCACGCCAGACCGCGGACCGCCUCUUCUUUCUGGACCUGAAGCAGGGCCACUACCUGCCCCUGGACCAGGGUGUCUACACCCGCAUCUGCUCCGGUGCCUUCGCCCUCUGAUUCU